UCCCUACCCCUCCCUCAUUCAUUAUGUAUAUAAGCGAUGCUCCAUUUAGCCGUGGAAACAAAGCAACAAAACAAAUCUCACUGAAAUCCUCCAUCUUAGUCAUGGAGAGAGUCCAUAUCCAACCUUUUCUCCCCCCCAUCCUUUUGUUCUUCUCCCUCUCCUUUUUGGAGGCCGGAGCACAGAGCGAAGCACAAGCUCUCCUCAAAUGGAAGUCCAGCUUGUUUCAGGCAGAUGCUCUGAGCUCAUGGUCCCUUGCCAACUCUACCAGCCCAUGCAGAUGGUUUGGUGUCCGCUGCAACUCCGCAGGCAGCAUCGUGCAGCUGAGCUUACCCAAUGCCAAACUCAACGGCACCCUCGAUGAAUUCGACUUUGCUUCUCUGCCCAGCCUCACCAAGCUCGACCUCAAUACCAACCUCCUCAACGGCUCCAUUCCUUCAAACAUCUCUGCUCUCUCCAACCUCACCUCUUUAGACCUCACCAGCAACUAUCUCGCUGGGCCGAUCCCAUAUCAGCUCAGCAAUCUCCGUAAGGUACGCCAUUUUGAUCUUGGAAACAAUUCCUUGGAGAACCCAGACUACACCAAGUUCACCCCAUUGCCUUCGGUGACAAACUUAUCUCUAUACAACAACCGUCUGACAGGGAAAUUCCCACCAUCCGUACUCAACUGCACCAAUUUAACGUACCUUGACCUCUCAUAUAACAAUCUGACGGGUAAAAUACCCGACUCACUCUCGACCAGUCUAGUUUACCUCGAGUCCCUGAAUCUUACCGAUAACUUCUUUGAAGGAGUCAUUCCCGUUUCGCUUGCAAAUUUGCCGAGGCUUCAAAACCUUCAUCUUGGAUUGAACAAUCUCACCGGAGGGAUCCCACCUAUCCUCGGGUCCAUCUCCAGCCUUCGAACACUCGAACUCCAUAACAAUUCACUCGGCGGACCGAUCCCUUCUUCUCUAGGACAGCUCCGGAUGCUUGAGCGCAUCGGUAUCGCUGCAGCAGCAUUGAACUCCACUGUUCCUCCGGAGCUCGGCUUGUGUACUAAUCUCACCUACCUCGACCUGUCCCUCAAUCAACUCACAGGAGGCCUGCCACAAUCCUUCUCGGAGCUAACCAAAAUGAGCCAGUUCUUGAUCUGGAGCAAUUCGCUCUCUGGUGAGAUCUCGCCGGACUUCUUCACAAAUUGGACGGAGCUUAUUUUCUUUGAUAUAUCAGAGAACAAGUUCGCUGGGCGAAUCCCACUGGAGAUUGGAUGGGCCACAAAGCUGCAAAACCUAUGGCUCCGGAGCAACAACCUAUCAGGCCCAAUCCCUUCAGAGAUUGGGAGGUUGGCCGACUUGCAGCUAUUGGAGCUGUCGGAAAAUUUUCUUCUCGGUCCAAUCCCCAGAUCAAUAGGAAACCUCACACAGCUCACUUAUCUGGCCCUCUCCUACAACUACCUGAACGGUGCAAUCCCAGCAGAGAUCGGAAACAUGACGGCACUGGUUAAAUUAUACGCCGGUACCAACCAAUUGGAGGGUGAGCUGCCGGCCACCAUUGCUCAGCUUCCAAAUCUUGAGUUCAUAUCAGUCUUCAACAUCAACCUCAGCGGUGGCAUCCCCCGAGACCUCGGCCAGAAUGGGCGUUUGAUCAGAGUCAACUUUUCGAACAAUAGCUUAUCAGGGGAAUUGCCUCCAGAUUUAUGUAAGGGCUUCGCUCUUCAGCACUUCACAGCGGAUCACAACAACUUCACAGGCUCGCUGCCGGCUUGCUUGCGCAACUGCUCGGGACUUCUCCAACUCCGGUUGGGGUCGAACCACUUCUCUGGGUUGAUUCCUUCCGAGUUAGGUGAUGCUACCCAGCUCAUUUAUCUUGAUCUUUCAGAAAACAAAUUCACUGGUCCGAUACCAACCAACCUUGGUAAUCUUGCCCAGCUCACCUUUCUUGAUCUUUCAGACAACAAACUCACUGGUCCGCUACCAACCAAGCUUGGUAAUCUUGCCCAGCUCCAAACACUGCUCUUGAGCAAUAACAGUUUGAUUGGAGAAAUACCUUCUUCAUUGAAGAACUGCAAGCAGCUGGUCGUUUUGGACCUCGGGGAGAAUGGAAUCUAUGGAAAUAUUCCAGAAUGGUUAGGAGAGAAACUUUCAUCAUUGAGGGUCCUCCGUCUAAGAUCGAAUAUGUUAAGUGGUAGCAUUCCUCCCCAGCUAUCACUUCUGUCUUCGCUUCAGCUCUUAGACCUUGCACACAAUAAUAUCUCUGGAAGUAUCCCGCAGAGUUUGGCCAAUCUCACCGCGAUGGCAGAAGGCAUUCAAGAAAGGGAAAAAACAACGAACUCCUCUUACCCCAUUUACUACAGUUACUGCAUUUCCAUAGUUUGGAAAGGAAGAGAGGCUGUUUUUCAAAAAACGCUUUCAUUAGUUGUGGGAAUCGAUCUUUCCAACAAUUAUCUCUGUCAUGCGAUCCCUACAGAGCUGACAAAUCUUUCAGGGCUAGUUUUUCUGAAUCUCUCGAGGAAUUGUUUGGAUGGAAGUAUUCCAGAGAUGAUCAGUAACUUGAAAAUUCUAGAAAUUCUUGACCUGUCCAUGAAUUACUUAUCAGGUACAAUUCCUUUGGGCAUCUCUUAUCUGACAUUCUUAGAUUGCUUGAACUUAUCAAACAACCACUUGUCGGGACGGAUACCAUCCGGCAAUCAACUACAAACGCUUGAUGAUCCAUCCAUCUAUAGUGGCAAUGGUGAACUUUGUGGAUUUCCCCUCAUCAAAAGUUGUUCAAGUAGCCAAGCAUCCGAUGUUCAAUUGUCAGCUGAUGACGGUGAUGAAAAAAUAUGGCUGUAUCUUAGCAUGGGACCAGGAUUUGUGGUGGGAUUUUGGGGGUUCUUUGGUAUUUUAUUCUUUAAGAGAUCCUUGAGGCUUGGCUAUUUCCGAUACAUUGAUGAUGUAUAUGAUAGCUUCUCUAGGAUAUCAAUGAGGUGAUGAAGUGUGAUGCAAAUCACACCACCUAUUAUGCACGUGGAGUUGAGUCUGUAGUUUUUUAUUUUGAAUGAGUCCUGUUUAUUUGCUGAUGUAUACUAGC